UUUCGGAUUUUCUCUGUAAAUUCAUGUUUUCUUAUCAUGUUCCUUUCACUGCAAGUAUUGUGUCUAUUCUUACUCUAGCUUUAAUAGCCAUUGAGCGAUACCACGCUAUUGUCAAGCCAAUGAGAACAGGCGCCAGACUGAGAGAAGGAACCGUUGGGCAUGCCAUCYURGUCAUUUGGAUCUUUGCUAUGUUGGUUUCAUCACCUUUAUACUAUCAUGGAAGCUACAAUGAUACUAAACAGGAAUGUCGACAAAAUUAUGGUGGAAAAGACGUAUAUUUUCACAUCUAUAACGCUGUUCUUGUUGCAACAAUUGUAUCGUCAACUCUCUCUAUAAUGUGUUUUUGUUAUCUACAAAUAAUCCGUGAUCUCUACUUUAACAACUCCGUGGUUCCACAAAAUGUCGCUUCCGACGUCGASAGACGYGAAAAACAAAAACUUUUAAGGCUUUGUUUAACAGUUACUGUUUUUUUCGCUKUCUUUCUUGUGCCAUUUGCCAUUGCUCUUGUGAUGGCAGCUUUUGGGAGUCCAAAAAGGUACUACAAGUUCGCCGCCGUUUUGUUUUUCUCUGAGUCUCUAUUCAAYCCUUUGAUUUAUGCCUUGCAAAGUAGUAAUUUUCGAAAAGCGUUUAAAGAGUUAUUGGCUUGCAACCGCAUUACAAGGAUACAUGUUUACGGCAUAAACCGGAGGUAACUUAGGGAUCGAAAAAUAUUCUUUUUGAAUUUAACAAAAAGCAAGAAAAAUGUCUUUUUCCGACAGACAAGCAAUUUUUCUUGAAUCCAGGUGAAUGGAAUCCCUUGAUAUAUGCCAUCUAAACUCCUUCAGGGCCCUUAGGCCUCGUUUCCUUUGUUUUCUAUUGUUUCCUAUUCACUUCCGGCUUACGUCGUAAGCAUUUAUAGAUAUUAGAUGGUUAUAGAGUUGUUAAGUGAGUUGAAAAUACAAAUGUAAGCGUUUUGAAAGCUGAUUGCAUAUUUGCAUGAUAAGUGAACUUAUUGUGUUAAAAAUAUA